AAGUCCCAGAGUCUGGAUCCUGGUGGCUGCAUUGAUCAGAGAGGCAUUGAUUUGUUCUCGCUGACCAUAUGGCUGACAAGGGUAUGGAGGCCUCCGAGGAAGAGAGAUUGGACGAGAUGUUAGCUGCGUGCUCCCAGUUUGAGCAGUUUGUUUUUUUUACACUGCAGCGAAUGUUGCACAGAGCAAAAGAAAAGGAAGAAAAGCUUUUGAGGCAUGAAGAAUCACUGAGAAAUUAUCAAAAGGAAGCUGAGGAUUGGAGGAGUGAAAUAAAAGUAUUCAAAGAGCAGGUCCAUGAUGUAAAAUCUAGGAUAGAUGAAAUUCAGAGAAGGAUAAAGGACGAACUACAGAAUGAACAGCAAGCUGUCAAGGAGGCUAAUGAAACAAUUGCGCACCUGCAAAAAACAAAUGAGGAGCUUCAACGAGAGGUCAAAGAGGCAAAAGGACAUGCAGAAUUUUGGGAAAGGAAAUGUUCUGAACAGCGACCAUCUAUCAUUUCAGAAAAAGGCCACCCACAAGAAGGCGAAGAAGGUGAGGAAGAGGUAAUACCAUCAGCAACCAAGGCUGCAGAUGUCGAAGAAGACCUUCUCAAGAGGCCAAGCUUCACAUGCCCUUCCUCAGUAACAGCUACCCCUAGAGCUCCACCAGUUGAAAAGUCUUUUCUGGAAGAGAGCGUGUCUGUGCAGGAUUCUGCCACAGAAGAGGAGCUCUUCCCAGAAGUCUUUAGGAGAAAGUUGACAUCCACGCCUCUCAUGACAACAGAAGAGCCCAGUUCCCAAUCGGAGCCAAGCACCAGCAGAGAAGGCACUGAACCAUCUCCCACCAUACCAUCCAAGCGGCAAAGGAGGGGCUCCGUCCUGGUGCUUCGAAAGAGUUCCCAGUACAGCGCUCCAGCGGAUGAUGGAGGGGCCCGCCGCGUUCCUUCCUUGAACACUGAUGCCGGAACGUCAUAG